GGCUGCAAUCCCUGUUGCUCCUGCAAUGGCAACACUCAGUUCUUGUUCUGCAAGAGAAGGGAAUGUGCCUAAUUGAUAUUCGCUCUGGUGGUCCUUCUAUAACAGGAUCCUCUGAGCUAGGUACAGCCCCAUCAAUGGUAAGGAAAGGUGGCAUCAGAUUCCGAGCAUCAGACUACUUCCACUAAGGGAUCUUGCUCCUUUAGUGCUCCCACAAGCCAGAACUUGACACAUUUGAUCCUGUGUCACUGGGAUGGGUGUGGUGGGGUUAGCUCCCUCUCUGAUCUGCUCAUGGUCCCCGAAGCCAAGCACAUUAGUAUCUGUGCACUCUGCACUGGCUCUUGUUGCCACAUUAACCUUGGCACUGAGCUCUUUAGGCAGAACAGAAUGUUGUUCGAAAGGUGACUCAGUGCCAGUUAUCGUCCUCUCUUCCAGGGAAGAAGAAAAACGCGUUAUGACUGUCCUGGGCAGCACAUCUCAGGACUGGACGUAGAAUUGGCUUAUGCCGUGGAGGCCUGGGUUUCCAGGGCACCAUUUGCCUCAGUGCUAUCAUCCCUUGCAUUGGAGGCAUUACCAGGCUCUUUUCCUGUGUCAUCUGUCUAGGUGUUGAUACCCCUUAUACCAGUACUGACCACAUUGGUGCCUUUAGUGCUAAGAUGCUCUGAUCAUGCCAUCUGAAUGUUCCCUAAUCUGGGGAGAUCUGCAUCACAUUUGACUUCAUUUAUUCUUCCUCUGUGGCAUUCUUGGAACUCCUGUGUGUACAACUCCACUUAAGGGGUUGCGGUCAUUCUUGUAGUCAUCCAGAAUUGACAUUUGAAGCCCACUGUACAGUUCCCCCUUUUAGAUAAUCUGAUGGUCCUCUUGACUCUUCUCAGGUCCUACAACUACACCAGGGGCAUCCCCAGAGCGUGGUGGUAUGGCGUUACCAGGAAAUUUGUGCUCCAUCUACCUUUCCUGAAAGAGUGCCUCACUAUUAGGUCUCCUCAGAGAUUACCUAGAACUUCUUCCCAAGUCAGGUCUACUAAUGGACUGGCCAAAGAUUUCAUUAGGAAGAGUGGAAGGUUCCUGAUGAGGACCUUAACCCAGAUUCAGGGCCAUCUUGCCUAUCAUUGUCUCCUUAUGAAACAUUACUCCUAAUUGGUGUCCUUGCAGUGAUUAUAGGGCAUUGCAAGACUACACAGAAUUACUGAACACCAGUUAUCGAGCAGUUGGUGGAAGAAGAGGAUACAAACUACUUGAAAAUUUGCAGUUAAAGUAGCUAGGCGGGGUAGCUGUGCUGAUUGAUGAGGGUGUUCUUGGACUCUUGAGAGGCUUCAUCUGCACCCUUUCCAAUAUUCGCUGAAGUCAGCAUUCCAGUCCUUAGUCUCAUAUGGACAAGGAUCUCGUUGUUGCCGCCAUCCUUUCCUCUAUGAGGUGGUGGAUAAACCUGGAGACCGUCUGCAAAGGGGGUGCCCUUUUGCUUUCCUUUUUUCUUCAGCGAUACAGGUAACAGAUGUUACCACAUAAGGAUGGAGAUUACACUUUGAUCAUUUUGCACACUCAGGGUCUGGGGUCUUGAGUCAGCUCUUCACAUAAAUAUAUUAAAGAACAGGGCAGUCUUGCUUACAAAUUUCUUUCCUUUACUGAAGUGUCAGUCUUCAGAUACAAUACAUAGAUCUUGAUCUCCCCUCCCCUCUGUGUCAGGAAGCAAUCAAAUUUUGAAGCUGAUGGCGUUAUUUGAUGCUAAACGUGACAGCCCUUCACACACAUCGGAGCGAGCAGUAGCCUAGCAGUUUACUGCAUCAGGCAGUACACAGCUCAUCAUGUGUGGUGCGUGGAGGAUUCUCUGAAAAUCCUUUUCUGAAGGUGAGGUUCUCUUCAGGUAGUCUUAUUCUGGUUGGUGGCAAAACACGUGCUGCCUAUUCUGCCCCAGAGAAAGGGGGAAGAAGUCUAGGUUCUCUCCCAGAUGCCUUUCUUGUGUGACUUCCCCACUGACUCCUCUCAUCCUCAGUUAUCAGAAAGAUGAGACAAAUUACAGCCACAGUGACUUUCACAGCUUCUUCUUUGGUGAGACAGUUCUGGGUUAUGGAUCUGCUACAUCCAGCUCGCUGUAUGACCUCUCUCACUCCUGAACAUCCCAGAUGUUCUGUCUCAAAAUCAGGGGAGGAUCCAUCACCCCAAGUCUCUGUAUCUGACACAUGGAAGUUGACUGGCUGAGCAUAAUACUGAGAGACGCUGCUCUGAAGAAGUACAGAACAUUCUUCUACAAGUAGGAAACCACUUUACUAGAUCUCUCUCUAGGAUGAUGUGGAAAGAUCUUCUAUCUUGGCCACUAAACAAGGGCUUGGUUCACUGAAAACUCCUGUCCCCAAAAUUCUGGACUCAGUAAAAUUUUCAGAAGUGACUAAGUGACUUAAGCUCCUGAAUGUCUGUCACUUUUGAACAUGGAAGUUGGUAUAAAAUUUUCAGAAGUGCCUAUCUCCUACACCUCAAGCAAACGCACCUUUACUGUCAGGUCAGUGAGUCUGUCUAGCUGCCAUAUCUGUCUGUCAUCAAUUUGUAGAAGUCCAAACAGUGACACUUCAAAUGUAAUCUUUAAUUGGUGGUUGCUUUAGCAGAUGAGAUCUAUGAGACAGUGGGAGUGAAGUAUAGGGGGGACUGAAAUAGGGAGUUGCUGCAGGAAGGGAAAAGAAGAAUUGCUUUAAGAAGAGUUUGCUGCUGUACAAAUUCUCUUUACAUGGACUGAAACACUGGACGAUUUAAACAGUCAUAGGUUAAACAUUUGAAAUGUUUUCAACUAUAUAAGCAACAGGUCUUUUCUAGGUGUGCAUUUCAGGACAGCAUGGCUGUGGUUAUCCAUUUGCAUGGUUUUCUGAUUGUGGUGGGGGACCAUGGACAUUCACCACUUCUCUGGAUUGACCAUUCCUGAUGGGACUUGCAUGUUGUAGGGGGUGAAUUGGGGGAAUAAAAACAGCGGUGUUGAUAUUACAAAAUGACAAAACAUCCACCGAAUAGAAGAGGGAUCAACUUUGAGGUGGGAGCCCAGUUGGAAGCCCGUGACAGAUUAAAAAACUGGUAUCCAGCUCAUAUUGAAGAAAUUGACUAUGAAGAAGGAAAAGUGCUUAUCCAUUUCAAACGCUGGAACCACCGAUAUGAUGAAUGGUUUUGUUGGGACAGUCCUUAUCUGCGUCCCUUAGAGAAAAUACAGCUAAGGAAAGAGGGGUUACAUGAGGAAGACGGAUGUGGUGGAUUUCGUAUAAAUGAUCAGGUAUUGGCUUGCUGGUCUGAUUGUCGUUUUUAUCCAGCCAAAGUCACUUCGGUUAACAAGGAUGGUACUUACACUGUGAAAUUUUACGAUGGAGUAGUUCAGACUGUCAAAAAUAUUCACAUCAAAGCUUUUUCCAAAGAUCAGAAUAUUGUGGGUAAUGCUAGGCCUAAAGAAAGAGGUAAUGAAAUCCCUUCAUCUCCUGAAAAACGGGAGAAGUUUAAAGAACAGAGGAAAGCAACAGAGAAUGCUAAGAAGGACAAGGAUGAAAAGGCAUUAAAGACAGAAAAAAGAUCUAAACAACCUGAUAAAGAAGGAAAAAUAAUAGUCAUCUCAGAAAAAGGCAAGGUCUCUGAAAAAAAUAUACCUAAGAAUGGGAAAGAAGACAAAGAGAAUAUAUCAGAAAAUGAUAUGGAAUAUUCAGUAGAUACUCAAAUUGAGAAGAAAUCUGAAAACGACAAUGUGAAGAGUCUACCAGAAAACCUAAAGGAAACUAAAAGAAAACGUGGUAGACCACCUAUAACACCCCCAACAGAGCAAAGUUCUCAAACAUUGCAGCCAAUAACAUUGGAAUUAAGAAGGCGGAAAAUACCUAAAGGAGGGGAAGUUCCAUCAAAACGCAUCAGGGUUGAAAAAAACUUGCCUCAGGAAAAGUUGAAAAACUGUCCAGACAGCAAUGAAAGAGACCAAAUUAGGAGACGAUCAUCAAGGCUGUUAUCCAAUGGUAGUCCUGAGAUAAUAAAUACAGAUCUUGCUACAACAACUUUUGCUGAAAUUGGACCUUUGAAAGAUCCAGCAUCUAUUCCAAAGGAACCUGAGGAACUUCCGUUAGAAAUUCCUAUUGAGUUUGACCAAAACGCCUGUGAACAAGCACCUCAAUCUUCUGGAGAUGUAUCACAGACCACACCGCUUGAUGUGAACAGCAGUUUAAAGGAAGAAAAAGUUGAUGACCACGAGCUCUCCUUUACAUCUACUGAAACCCAAGAGCCUUCUGUUACAGUAACAAAAACUUUUAAGAGAACACAUGAUUUUAUUGCUUCAAAAGCUGCAACUGUUGACCAAGAUCACAAGUUUAGAUGCAAGCUCUUGGACUGUUCAAAAUCAUUCCGCAAAGCCAAGUUGCUACAUUAUCAUAUGAAAUAUUUUCAUGGAGUGAAGGCACCAGAACCCCAGCAGAGUCCAGUACAAAGAAAUAUUCAAACAAGAGGUUUUUUGGCUUCUGAAAAAGCCAAACAAAGAAGUUUAAACAGAAGGCGGACUACAUCUGGUUCAUUGUAUGCUCCUCUUCACGUAGCCCUAAGGACUACGCCACAUAGAGAUGAGAAAAUAGAAAAGAGAAGAACUUCCGCUCCUUCCUCAGUAAAUACAUUAAAGGCUCACCAACCUUCCCUUAGAGAGCAAAGCAAAGAGAAUCAUAUAGACAGAUCACACAAGAAACAUCAAGAAAGGGAAAGAACUGAAAAUGCUGUUAAAGACAAAGAGAAGAAUAAAGAGAAGACAUCCAAAGACUGUGUAAGGUCAAAGUUGAAGAAGAAGAAAAAGAAAUUUAAGUCUGAAUACCCUGGCAGUGAAGAAAACAUUGACAUUUCCCAGGAGCUUUCCCCCCAAAAAUCAGUCAUCACCACAAGAUACAAUUCUUCAAAUAGAUCUUAUCCCCACCUAAGUACACCGUUACAUGUCUCUGAUUCUGGGCACCAUAGAGACAGUGUGAAAGUAAAUGAGGAAGAUACCUUGAGUGAGUCAUCUACAGAUAGUUUGCUUUGGAGUGAUGAUGACUGCAGUCAGGACAUUGAUGUAACAACUAACCCCGAUGAGGAAUUCGAUGAAGAAGACAAUGACUUUGGGAUUGUUCGAUGCAUUUGUGAAGUGGAAGAAGAAAAUGACUUUAUGAUUCAGUGUGAAGAGUGUCUGUGCUGGCAGCAUGGAGUCUGUAUGGGUUUACUGGAAGAUAAUGUACCUGAGAAAUAUACCUGCUAUAUUUGCCAAGAUCCUCCAGGUCAGAGAUCCAGCUUAAAAUACUGGUAUGAGAAGGAGUGGUUAAGUAAUGGUCACAUGCAUGGUUUAGCAUUUCUGGAAGAAAAUUAUUCCCACCAGAAUGCCAAGAAGAUUGUAGCCACUCAUCAACUUCUUGGGGACGUGCAGAAAGUGAUAGAAGUACUGCAUGGACUGCAGCUGAAGAUGAGCAUUUUACAAAAUAAAGAGCAUCCAGACUUAAAACUUUGGUGUCAUCCUUGGAAGCAUCUUACAGUGGAUGAAAAAAUCCAUACGAAACACAUCAUUCACAUUGAAGAAAGCUGCUGCAAAGAAGAGACCGUAAGUUAUAGAACUUUCAAUGGAACAGUUGAGAAACCUUCAACCAUUCCUUCUGUGGAGGAAUCCUAUAUUACCAGUGAACACUGUUACCAGAAACCUCGGGCCUACUACCCUGCUAUAGAGCAGAGACUGGUUGUGGAAACCAGAGGUUCAGCCAUGGACGAUGGAGUGAACAGAAUAAGGGAGAAUGGAGAUGAUGCCCUGUCAGAGAGAUUUGGAUGGAAUCUGGACAGAGAAUUAUACAAGUUGGAGAAUGAGUCCAAGCAUAAUUACUCUAAGGUAAGAGAAUGUGUAUCUAAGAAAAUCCCUUCAGAGGAAGCUAUUGAAAUGAAACUGCUGGAAAAAGACAAGGAAGGAGUUGUGAACGCUCAGCUGCAGUGGCAACUUAACCUUCUAGCCCACGUUGAAUCUCUACAAGAUGAAGUUACACACAGGAUGGAUUUUAUUGAGAAAGAACUGGAUGUUUUAGAGAGUUGGUUGGAUUACACAGGAGAGCUGGAGCCACCAGAACCACUAGCUAGACUUCCACAACUCAAACAUUGUAUAAAACAACUUAUUACGGACCUAAGCAAGGUGCAACAAAUUGCUCUUUGCUGCUCAACAUGAGACUAGAGAGCUCUUGAAAUUGCUGUUGAAUAUGAACGCGGAGUGUUUGACACAAACAGCUCUAUAUAUUUAAAUGAAAUUAGCAUGCUGAUUGCAUGUGAUGCAGACUGACUUCAGGGAUUUUUGAAGAAAUAUGACUGUUCUGAAAGCAGUAACACGUUUAUCCUUAUCUUUUGAUCUUUUGGGGGUUUACUAGGCAAUAUGGAAGGGGAUUUUACUCUUGUAUUCAAGGGUAGGAGCAGGCUGACAAAUUAUACUCUUAGAUUUUCAUUCCUUACGACAAGUUGUUGAAUGAAAUAUACUUUUUGCAUAAUUAAACUGACUUAAAAUUGUGCCACAGAAGAUAAAACAGUUCUAAGAGCCAAAAAUGUUUAGUUGACGAAGGUUGUAAAUUAUGUUCUACAGAGUUUAUUUAAAUGAGUUGUAUACCAGGUCAGGUCAUGCUUUAUUCCUACUGGUUUAUGCACAGUACAGUAUUUAAUCAAUAGGUGACGUUAUAACAAUUUUCAAGCAUAGCAAAUAUGAAUGUCCAUCUUUAAUUGUUAACUCUUACAUGGAGGUUUGCAAGUAAUGCUGGUCUAAAACCCCACUCUUGUUAAUUUAAAUAGAGAUAGCAGAAGGGCACAGUUGGGUUUCACUUAGUUUCAUAGUAAAUGAUUGUUUUCCAUAUUUAUCAUGUCACUAUCACAUGACUCUACGGUACUGGGGAAAUCCAUUUACAUUGUGCUUCUUGUGCAUUCUUGAACUUUUAAAUUUGGCCAUACUGUGCCUCCUUGAACUAGUGCUACUGGUUCACCUUUGUGACAGUACACAGUGAUAUGUCUAAAAGAUGGGAGAUGUACCAGAAGUUCCAAACUUAAGGUGUGUAGUUUUCUAUUCCUUUGUUGUUUGCCAUUCCGGUUAUAUUUUGAAAUGUAGACUUUUUUUCAAUACUCUAAACAUGCUCAUUGUAAAGACUUAUUAUGAAUGUGUGGUUUUGGGAAUCAGUUUAUUUUAUGUUUGUUUAAAUAAAGCCUCGAAAGCUAUGCAUGAGGUACUGUCCUCACAGUGAGGUAUUAUGUUAAAUAGUAUAUGUUCUCAGUCUCUUUUUAUACUUUGUUUUAAUUUUCUGGUUUGUAUUAUUUUGUGAGAUCAAGAUGAAAAUGCUGCUUAAGUUGAAGAUACAUUAUAUAUAGUACCUUUUGAAACGUUGAUGUAUUGUAUUUGAUAUGUUACAAGCCUUUUACGUGCAGCUCAUAUCUCCAUAAAUAAUGGUUGUGAUUUUUUUUCUUCCCAAAUAUUGCUGAGUGUAACUUCACUGUGGAAAAGGGUAAAUUGUUUCUGCACUGAGAGAGUGUCCUGAAAAAGCAGAAUUUUUCUGUUAUCUUGAUCUCUCUUACAGUUCUGUUUGUGAUGGUAACCACCAAAGGGUUAAAAUUAAAGCACAGUUGUAAUCGAAAGACCCAGAAGUGUACAAAUUGUUAAUUAUGGAUAUAUGAAUCUGUAAAGUUUAUAUGCUGCAAAGAAUAAUGAUUUACUAUGUAAACUUGAAAUAUCCACUAUCAUAGGAAUAACAAUAUCUACAAUUAAUAUUUUGAUCAGUUUAGUUCCUUCAGAAAAUGGAAUAACUAGGCUACUCAAGGUAGUAGUUAAGGCUUUUAUGCCAAGACUCAUUUCAGGGAAUAAUUUAUGUCACACCAUUUUAUGGCACUAGCUGAUAUAUAAUGAAUUUGACAUAUGUACAGCAGGAAAAUAAACUUAUUUUGCUGUAACACAGUUGGAAUAAAGCUUACAUUAUCUUAAAUGCCACUUUGCUUUCUAAAGGUAAAAACAAAUGCUUAAACCAUGUCAUUCCUCUUAAUGACAUCAGAGUUAUGAGUAACACGCUCUGUAGCUCUAUAACAGACAGCAGUAACCAAAUGACAAGAAGGCUAUCCAAACAGGGGUUUUAAACAGCUGUGAAGUUUUUAUCAGAUUACUGUUUUACCAGUAAAUUAUUCCCUGUUUGAAAUCUGUAUAAUGAGCACUCAGACUGGAAAAUAAUUAAAUACAACUACAUUAACAAAUCAACUUGUUUAAGGCAAUGGAGUGGUUAAUUCCCAAGUUUUUCUCUUCAGAAAUGGAAAUUUUCCCUUUGCAAGUAACUGGUUUUGGAACGUUCAUUUUAAGUUGCUUUGCCAGUUUAUUUUUGCUCAUGGCAAAGAAAAUUCCACUUGGUGAAUAGCAAUACUGAAGAUUUUGUUUUCCUUUAGCAGAAUGAUUAUACAAUAGGGAACCCCUUGCUGAUGAAGCAGAUCUGGAUGACGGAAAAUAUUUAUUUGAAAUAGGUUAGUGCUUUUCACAUUCAGGAAAGGUUCUGUAUCGUGCCCUGCCUGAAUUAUUUUGUCCCUAUUUUUAAGUUUCCACAUUUGUAGCUCUCCUUAUUCUUGACCAACACUAUUUUGGUCUGGCAAAUCACUUUUUGUUGUUUCUUUAAAUCACUGGUAAGUGAAUGCAACAUGGAGCCUUGAUAAAAUGAGCAAACAUUGCACUGUGGAUACAUAAGUAUAUAUGUCUUUGUUUAUGCACUAUUAGAACUGAGGGCGUUGUAUAUAGAAUUCUGCUUUGGAGCAAUAUUUGCAAAACUUGAAAACGUCUGUAUCUUGGUGUUUGGAAUAAAUAAAUAGGUUUUUGUUGGUUAAGUCUUA